AUGGCUCUCUACCGAUUCAUCAAAUCUCCAUCCUCUACCAUUUUCAUCAACUUGCGAACAACAACUCAACCGGAUUCCGAGAAGUUAGGCGCCAUGGCGAAAACAAACCCCAAAUCGAAGCAUACACAGAAGAAAUCGCCUCGUAACUUCGAGGAACUGGUUGACCAUUUGAAACACACCAUCGGUAAUUUCAUGAAAUCUCAAAGAGGUCCGGAGGACUUAGAGAAGCUUAGGGAAGCCUGUCACACAGCCACCGAAUUUGCCGCCAAUCCCCCCCAUUCCAACCAUCAGCGCACGGUUCUAAAGCAAGCAAAGGAUAUCUUCCAACAGCAAUUCAACAAGAUCAACGAGGCAUCCUUUCAUGUUCGCUUGGACACGUUGCUCUUGGGAGUAAUCACGGCGGUCAAAGACAUGGAGAUUCCAGGCAGCAGGUCACUUCGAGUGUCAACCGAGCAGCCCAUGUCCUUCCAACCAUUCCGAUAUAUGGAUGAGGACUAUCGGCUCCAGGGCAUAGCUGACUACGCCCUAUGGUACGGUCGGAAAAGGGAUAUCGACACCAACCUGGUUGUGUUAGAGGCGAAAGCAAACUCCGAUAGUGCGGGAAUACCUCAGCUGUUGCUCUAUAUGGCCAUGGUGCACAAAAAACGCCGCAGUAUGGGGAAGAACAACUGCACUGUGUACGGAAUCGUCGCUUGUCCCGAUGACUUUGACUUCAUUCAAAUUGACGAUGAGGGUGUGUACUCGGUUUGCAGAAUCCAAUGUUGGAAACAAGAUUUCGGGCCUUGCAUCCCUCUCCUGACCUCCAUCAUUGCGAAGGCCGCGACUCUGUCCCCAUCAAAUAGUGAGGAGUUGGACCCGGUUGUCGAUGAAAUGGAGAUUGAACAAAUUUAA